AAAAUGGGGCUUUAAAAUAGAUAGGCAACUAUCUAUCUGCAAUUUAUAAGUAUGGAUAUUUAUGUCCAUGAUGACAGAUAAUCACAUCAGUGGACAGUGGCAGUCACUUAAAAUCUAUGUAUUUCCUGAUUUUCCAGUUUGACAUGCAAUGCCAUAUUAUGAUUUGUCAAAAGAUUAUUACUAUCUAUCAGUGCCACAUUUUAUAUGCAGCUCAUAGUUAGGAAAGAGAUCUAAUGCUAAGUAUAGAAAGUCUGCCUGUCAGGAAUCAUGUACUUGAACAAAUUAAUAGAUUUUGGAAUAGCUUUAGUAAUAUUCACUAAAAUUUGGGGAGAUAUGGUUUUUAAAAAAAUGUAUCCAGGUAGUGCCAUUAGAACAAUCAAAUGGUAAAUAAAGACUGAUCAUGCCAAUCAUGAAUGACAUUCUUGUUUAGUACGGUAUUAUCUUGACAAUGAAAAAGUCUCAAAAAAAUUAAAAAUUUGAGAUUUUCUUUUACUGUGUGCUGUGGAGACUAUAAUUUGGUUUUGUUGCCCAUACAUUGUAAUAUUUAUGCAUUUAUUUGUUGAUUCUUAUUCAUUUUUUUUCAGAUAACUGUUGAGUCUUUUGAUCUGGUCCUGUGAAAGAAAAGAACCAUCAUGGGAAGGACCAGACUUCUGUUGCAGCUUGGCAAAGAGGCUGUAUAUAUGCAGCAGAAAUGUGUUGUUGGAGUCACAAAAUUAAGGACAAAACCUUGGAAGCUGUUAAAUGAUUAUAAUUCUAUGAGAAUAUCAAAUUUUUUUGGAGGGAUUUAUUCUCCACUGAGUAGUUUCAAUGAAAAUUAUUGGCAUAAAAAUAUAGAUGUUGAUUUUGCAAAACAAAUCUCAUCUUUACAAAGACCAGCAGUUUCACACGAAUAUUUUGUCCCAAACCUGUUUGGGUCAUUGCACAGAAAUCAUUUUGGUUUGCCAACAAGUUUUCCAGUUUCUUUCACCCCUCUUGAAAGGGCACGUCAGUGUUAUUUCUCCAGACAGUUCAGCAAAGCUAGCAGUGAUACAGAUACUACUGUGGAUUGGAGAAUAUCAUCAAGUAAUAAACUAAUACAAACUAGAACAAAGCUGGAAAAUGCCAAGCACAAGUUAGAGGAUGCCAAGCAAAACUUCAUUGAGGACAUUCAGGACACUAAAGCCAGGAUGAGAGUAAAAAUGGAUGAAAUAAUUGAAAGAGAAAACAUCUUCACAAUACCCAACUUUCUCUGCAUUUCUCGAAUUGUUGCUGCUCCAUUUCUCUGCCACCUGGUUCUGACAGGCAGCUAUGACAUGGCUUUGGGACUCUUCAUGCUUGCUGGAGCCACAGACCUGGCCGAUGGCUGGAUUGCCAGAGUGUUUCCAAGUCAAGCUUCAAAACUGGGCAGCUUUCUAGACCCUCUGGCAGACAAAGUGCUGGUAGCCGUGCUGUUCUUGGCACUUACUUGCAAUGGCUUAAUACCAAUUCCUCUGACGGGUCUCAUCAUCUAUCGUGACGUGGUCAUCAUCGCAGCCGCCUCCUACGUGCGCUACAGGAGCCUUCCUGCACCGAGGACAUUGAUGCGCUACUUCGACGCAACUCACGCUACCGUGCAGUUGUCACCCACCCUCAUCAGCAAAGUGAACACAGCUGUACAACUCAGCCUCAUCACUGCCACCCUCGCCCAGCCUGUGAUUAAUUUCCCCUCUCCCGCUGCCAUGACAGCUCUAUGGUGCGUGACGAUCAUCACGACUAUUGCAUCUGGUGUGAGUUAUAUCUUCUCUCGCAAUACGUACAUCGUCUUAGAUAAACAACUUCAGCAGCAGUUGGAUAAAGAACGCGAGCAAGAACAACGCAAGAAUUGAAUCUUGGCUUACAAAGUAUAAGGUGUUCAGUACGAGUCUUUUCUCAAUUUCUUUUUUGUCCGCUUUCAUCAUUAUUUAGAAGAGUUUUACUUAUGUAUUAUGAUCUUUUUCUACUUCAUGGAACUUGUCCCGAAUGAGUCUCUUUCUUAUAGGUAUGUUGCAGUUGCAAGUCUUUUCAACAUGCAAAAGCGAAGGUUAUUGCUACCUCAACAUUGAUUCAAAGUUAUGGUAGCAAAAAUUAUUUUUCAAUCAAUGUUGCUAGCACGACAUUGAUUUCAUCAGCUAGUACCUACAGUGAGGGGAAAUAAAUAUUCGUACACUUGAAAAAUCG